UGAAGAAACCAUCCAGACCGUGUUGACAUUCCGAUCGAUUUUUCCGGAGGUUCGGUUAAAUUUUCCGGAUUUUCUUCUUACACUUCUCUCGCUCGGUGAUUUUCCGGUGACUCGUCAGCCGGUCGGUAAAUACGGUUAUACCGCGGGAAGUUUUACGUUUUAAAAGUUUCAGGUGUAAAUAGAGCGGUGCUUUGGACAGAUUUUAAAUUGAAUUAAACGGUGCAGAUUGAUCGAAAAGAAAUGUUUAAUUUAUAAAUAAAUAACCUAAUUAUUGGGAGGUGGUUACAGUGACCUAAAUGCUGUGAACGGAUGACAGUGAUGUGAACUAGUGAAUACAAAUUCUUAGAAUUUAGAUACAAAUGCUUCAGAAAAUUAUGCUUGAAAAGAUGUGCCUGGUUUUAAGUGUCAUUAUGCUUAAACUAAUGAUUUUGGCCAAUGCUACUAAAAAAGAAGUACCGAUAGUACAUAUGAAGGCAGUUCAAGGAGAGCCGGUAUUCCUGCCUUGUGAUAUUUCAAUGCCUGAUCCCAAGGAUAAAGUGUUGCUGGUUUUGUGGUAUCGUGAGGACCUUGGUACACCAAUUUAUAGUGUGGACGGUCGCGAUCGUGAUUUCUCUAUAGCAGAGAGGUGGUCGGACGAUAAAGUGUUCUCGAACAGGGCAUAUUUCAUUCAGGACAAACAGCCCGCGGAGUUGGGCAUCGACCACAUAAGAGAAUCGGACCAAGCGGUCUAUCGAUGCCGGGUAGACUUUAAAAUGGGUCAGACCAGAAAUAGCAAAGUGAAUUUAACCGUUAUAGUGCCUCCAACAAAAGUAACAAUUUCAAACGAAGAAACAGGCCAAGCAUUAUCUUCCGUUGUCGGACCCUUUCCAGAAGGAGCGUCGUUCACUUUACGCUGUGACGUAUUUGGAGGUAAACCCCCACCGACGGUGACCUGGUUAAUCAACGAUCAGCCGGUGGAAAAUUCUAGUAAUGUCGGCAUCACCCCAACUGUCUUAGUUCCGAAUAAUGGAAAAUUGGUGAGGAGUGACUUACGCAUAGAGAAUCUGAGCAGGAAAGAUGUACACUCGGAAAUUACCUGUCAGGCUACUAAUAACAAUAAGACCCCACCACAUGCUGCAACUCUACAUGUAGAUAUGAACUUUGGCCCACUGGAUGUUAAACUGUUAGGUCCAAACCAGCCAUUAUCUGCAGGUCGAAGAUACGAUUUACUAUGUCAAAGCACUGGCUCUAGACCUCCUGCUACGAUAACUUGGUGGAAAAAUGGUCAAAGAUUGGAGCGAUCCAAGGACCUGACAUCAAACGACGGAAACAUGACUACAUCCACCCUAACGUUUAUACCAAAAAAAGAAGACGAUGGCAAAUACCUCUCGUGUCGUGCUGAAAACAAAGUACUUUCCUCCGAAAGUUUAGAAGAUGGAUGGAAGUUAGAAAUACAUUAUACGCCUGAAGCCCGGAUUAUCCUGGGGACCUCCUUGAAUCCAAACGCAGUUCGAGAGGGGACCGAUGUUUAUUUUGACUGUAUUAUCAACGCACAUCCGCCCGCCUACAAGGUUGAAUGGAGACACAAUGGAAAACAUCUGCAAGUGAACGUAAACGCGGGAAUAAUUAUAAGCAACCAGAGUUUGGUGCUACAGGGUGUCUCCAGAUCUACCGCGGGAAAUUACACUUGCGUGGGAUACAAUCUGGAAGGUGAAGGAGAGAGUAAUGCCUUUUAUCUCAACGUUUUAUACGCCCCAACGUGCAAGCCAGAUCAAACUAGAAUUUACGGUGUAGCCAAGCAGGAAAGGGCUGAAAUUGUUUGCCAAGUAGAUGCGAAUCCACCCGAGGUUAAUUUUAAAUGGACCUUUAACAAUUCAGCUGACUCUGUAGACGUGUCUUCUAACCACAUUGCAAAAACUGGUACUUCUAGUGUUGUAUCGUAUACUCCAAUUACUGAGCUUGACUAUGGAACACUUUUGUGCUAUGCAUCUAAUAAUAUAGGAAUGCAGCGAGUACCUUGUGUAUUUCACAUCAUUGCUGCUGGUCGACCAGACCAAGUUCACAACUGCAGCACCACCAACAUCUCAAUGACCUCGUUACAAAUCCGAUGCGCCGAGGGCUUUAAUGGAGGACUUACCCAAGCGUUUCUGUUAGAAAUGAGAGAAAGUCAGACGCAACAUACAAAAUAUAAUUUGACCUCACCGGUUGCGAGGUUCUCAGUGAACCAUUUGGAACCUGGAGCACAGUACCAGGCGGUUCUGUUUGCUUAUAACUCGAAGGGUAGGAGUGAACCUGUUAUUUUACAAGCUUCGACCUUAAGAUUGCCUGAGAAACAAUUAACUGCUGAGAGAGACUCACAACGUUUGCCCUUCCGGUUUACCCCCUUAAUGAGCGUGAUUAUUGGGGUCGUUUCCGCCCUCCUAAUAGUUCUUUUAGUUGUGAUUCUGGUGCUGAGGGUACAGUGUGCCCAAGGGGGCGAUCACCGCAGGAAGGAACAGCAGCGCCACAAAAACGCGGUGGUUUCGAGCGCUAAUUUGGAACACAGAGGUAGCGGCAGCGGAGCUACUUUAAGCGACAAAGGGGGUGGUAGUCCAGUAUCGAAACACGAAUCCAGUGCAGGCGAGUGCGACAGUGAUGAAAAAAACCCGGACAUUAUACCCCAACCAGUAGACAUGGACGACGGUUCGGACUAUUCCAGAAAAAAGCAACACGUAUCCACGAUAGAGACCUCUUCGCCCAGCAGAAGUUUGCUCCAUCCAGCAGGAAACUCUGGAUAUAUGGGCUAUUGCACUUUAAGAAAUGGAAUGCCCAUGCACGAGCUUAACGCUCAAUCAAAAUUGUUGCCGGGUCCGACACAAAUGAUGUCAGCUUAUAGUACGUCUUGCACGUUACCUAGGCAACCACCGCAGACGUGGCAGUAUGGUCCUGUGAGCCAUUUGCCACCAGGAAUGUAUCCUGUGCAGUAUAGGGGUGGUCCUGUUGCACCACCUAGGAUAAGGGCAACUCAAACAAGGGAGCCUCCUAUACCGUUACAGCCCCUAGUAUCAGCCCCCGAAGAGGAGCCCUCUCCAGAAACCCCUCUGAUGGCAAAUAAACGUGAAAGCACCGUUUGACAAAUGACUGAAUUAUAAAAACUGGAACUAGAUGGUGAUUUAGUGUAAUUAUAGGAUAAAUCAGGAGCUGAACUGGAUCAAGAGACAGUUUUUCUAACGCUAUUAUAUCAGAAGUUUUGUGUGAUAAUGGUGUAUGUAUGGAUCAAAUGCCUAAUAAUAUUUUUAUUUAUAUUUUAAAGAGAAUCAUUAAAUGCUUUUUUGAUUUUAUAUUUCUGUAGGGCAAUUUAUGGUGAAAUCUAGGGGUAAAUUAUUAAUAUUUUUUUUGGAAAAGUAUAGAUUUUUUAGAAUUAAAAAGACGCGGUAAAUUUAUUAUUGCAUAUAUAUAUAUAUAUAUGGUUACUAGUAAUAUUUCUAGGGAAAAGUGAAAAUUAACUAAUAACCAUGUGAAUAAAAUAUAUUUUUAACAAAUUGUUUGCAGUUAGAGUAAAUAAAAUAAAUUUUUGGUUUUUGACCAGCAAUUGAGGCCAUAUUAAGAUAGUCGAUAUUAUAACAGGGUUUACUGAUACAAUUUCUGUUAUUGCAAAGGGUGGUCUUUAUAUCACUUAGUUGUAUAUAAAAAUUUUAAUUAAAACUAUACAUCGACAAUGUAAAAUAUAUGCACAUUCAUCAUAAGUUAUAAAUAAAAAAAUUAAAACAAAAAUUAAGACUGCUAUAAAGCACUUAAAAUAAUAAUAGCGAGUUUUUAUUACUGUACAUGAGCUUAGACAUAUCUUCACAAAAAAAUUAAGAACUUUGCUUUAUUUUUUCAAUAAAGAAACGCCGAAAAGUCAGAUUUAAUGUUAAAAUUGAACGUUCCUAAUAGAUUUUUGAAAUAAUAAAGCAAGAAAAUUCAUAAUAGCAAAUUGUUAAAUGUAUAUAAAAUAUUAUUAAAAUAAAUGUGAUAAUU